GUUUCAUGUUGAAUAGAAAAUCCAAAGCGCUUCGGUAACAAGAUUAGAAUACACAAUUUUCCAUGACGUCAUCAGAAAUUGUGAUAAUAAAGAUGCAGACAGGUGGGAAACAUGAACCAGAUGGUAGUAACAAAGAUAUCAUUGGUGUGAGCCUUAUAAGUGAUUGUGAAGGUCGAAGUUCAACUAAUAUUGGAGUAUGUUUGAUAUCAAAAGAGCAGCUGAUUUCCUGCAAGGUUUCAGAGUUGAGAGAUGUGAUCAAGAAAGAAGUAUUGGCUUGUCCGUCCAAUUUCCUGAUUUGCACAAAACAAGGAUGGCCUCUCACUGGCAAACAGGAGACAGAUAUACUCGUUAAUCAAAUUAUAAAUGAUAAACAAGAGGUUCUUAUAAAAAUCAAGCAUGACAAACCAAAAUGUGGGGUAAAGGACAAGCAAGGCAACAUGAUAGGAUUUGUUCAUGUCAACUAUUCAGCUUCCCUUACAGACAUGAAAAAUCUUAUACAAUCUCAGGUACUAAAUCAAGACAUUUCAAAUAUAUUUCAAUUCUUAGACGGGAAUUCUUGGCCAAUCAGUAUUCUACAAGAGCAACACAUGACUGUAUAUGACAUUCUCAUUGGUCAAUGUGUCUUCACAGAUAUUAAUAGCAACAACAAAUCAAAAGCCUAUUCUCCACCACCGAAAGAGCCUCCUUUGAAAAAAUUUAAAAGCAUAAAUGAGUUGUCAUUUCGUUCAGGGAAAGAUGUUUUUCGACAACUCAGCUCCGACACAAACGAAGCUGGUUCUACAUAUAAACAAGUUCUUAUCAGUUAUGUAAGAUCAGAGGCUGCGGAUCAUGCCCUGAGGCUGAAACAACAACUUACAACACUUGGUCUUUCCGUGUACUUGGAUGUACAUGAAAUUCAGACUGGUGUCGAUUGGCAGGAUUCUCUCAACUUUGCUGUCAGUGGUUGUGAAGUGUUUGUACCAUUGGUAACACAGAAAUAUGGGGAAACGCAGUGGACUAAUAGGGAGGUGAAGUUAGCUGAUGUGUUAGGGAAAUAUAUAUUACCUGUAAAUUUCUUACCUGACUGGCCUCCGAGAUGUUUGGCGAUACAGUUUGCGACAACACAAUUUAUACCCUGGAUACCUCCCACACAACUCACAGAUAGAACUGAGAGGGAAGGUGGUGGUAAAGUUGACUGGACAUUAGAUGAUAUUAAAGUAGUAUCUCAGAAGAUUGUUGAUAGGGUUAGAGGACUUAAUUUGAGAUCUGUACCAUCUCUUGUGAAGAGGGCAACAAUAGUAAAGAGUUGCGCAUGUGUGACUGAAGACAAUAUGAUGGCUAUAACAUCCGGCAGGGAGGGAAAACCACUUAUCAUGAUCUGUGUACAUUACACACAAGAAGUUUAUGGUGGUGAAUUGAAGACACUGCUAGAAGAGGAAGGGUUUGAGGUGUGGUGUACUACUGAACUAGACAGGGAGCAUGUGAACCAUAUAGAUGGUUUAGCCAGCAGUCAGGAUGACAUAACAUAUUCAGUGUUAAACAAAGGCAAUGAUAAGUUUGCAGGUUGUCCAGGUGACAGUAUAGCUAGAAAUAUUGAGCUCUUCCAAGAAAAGGCUGAUGAUGCCAGUUUAGUACUGUUUGUACUAUCUAAUGAUUUCUCCAUGUCUAGAGUCUGUCAACAACAGGUGUUUUACUGUGAGCACAGGAAACAUGUUAUACCUAUAUUAUUUGAAGAUUUCAAGAUGCCUGACUGGAUGUCAAUGUUAGUUGGGUCUCAUGGUUUUGAGAUGAGAAGUGAUGAAGAUUUUAUGGAGAUUCUGAUAAGACGAGUCAAGGCGACAAUCAACGAGACAUUACAUUCCAGCAGUCCACGCUCAAUGAGAAAUAAUUUACGCGCAAGAAUGAAUGGUUCAGGACAAGUUGAUGGUAAUAUUUUAAGCACACUGGAAAGACAAAGCUCAGAGACAUUUAGUCCACAGUCUGAACUGGUACACCCUGUUUUUGCCACAAGUGAGAGUUCUAUUUCCAGGACUGGCAGGAAAAAUGGGACGUUAAGCUCGAAAAAGAAGCUUGAUUUAAACGAUUAUGAUCUCGAAAAUGUGAAACAUAGUUCUGAUGUAAGCUCAAGCUCCGAGACCAUUGAAGAUGUUGAUGAUGUAAUGGAUGAUCGGCCCAGUCUUAGCUCAAUGAAGACCAUUAUAUUGUAAUGUAUGUUAUUACCUAGUUUGGCAGAGCUUACAUUAGAUAAUAAAACUGUCUAUAUGAAAAACGCAUAUUAUUUUCCAUAAAAUUUACAUUUAUAUUGUUAUUGCAUUGAUCUUGAGUAUUGUAUAUCAUAUUAUACUAUGACGGUCAUUGGAUAGAGCAUCUGAAGUCUUCCAAUACAUUAGUACUGAUACUAACAAUAAGGUGACACUACAAGUGAUGCUAUGCUCAAUUUCUAGCUCGACUAUUCGAUAAGAAUAAGUAGAGCUAUUGCAGUCACCCGAGCGUCGGCGUCGGCGUAACCACUUAUGUUAAAGUUUUUGUAAUAGUUCAAAUAAGUCCAUUGACAUAUGGCUUUGAAACUUUGCACACUUGUUCACCAUCAUGACCCCAACCUGUAGACAGGAGGAGGUAACUCUAUCAAGCAUUUUGACAGAAUUAUGCCCCUUUUUCGACUUAGAAUUUUCGUUAAAGUUUUUGUAAUAGUUCAAAUAUUUUCAAAGUCCAUUGACAUAUGGCUUUCAAACUUUGCACACUUGUUCACCAUCAUGACCCCAACCUGUAGACAGGAGGAGGUAACUCUAUCAAGCAUUUUGACAGAAUUAAGCCCCUUUUUCGACUUAGAAUUUACGUUAAAGUUUUUGUAAUAGUUCAAAUAUUUUCAAAGUCCAUUGACAUAUGGCUUUGAAACUUUGCACACUUGUUCACCAUCAUGACCCCAACCUGUAAACAGGAGGAGGUAACUGUAUCAAGCAUUUUUUUUACUAUCAAGCACUAAGAAUAGUCGAGCGUUGCUGUCCUACCGACAGCUCUUGUUUGCCAUCAAGUCAGUUGAAUUAGUAAAAAAAAAUUGAAUAUUGACUAUAAUAAUGGUGAUUGACAAAUAAUUGAUAAUGAAAAAUAUGUAUGAUACAAUAUGAAAAUUAUGUAAAUUAUAAAAACUACCCCACUCUUUUUAAGAAAUGAAUGUAACCGAUUCAUUCUAAAUUUAUAGAAAUUUUAAUUGGUCACAUGGAUUACUAUUAUUUUAUCCCCACAAAUGAAGUUAAGUAGGGUACAGAGGAGUCAGCUUGUCUGUCGGUCUUGAUAUGUAAAGACCCAGGUUGGUAUUGCAUUUGGAUCCCCUCGGUAAUGAUUUUCCUGGCUAACAUUUUUGUGGAAAUCAUUGCACACCUCCUCAUGUCAGCUUGACUGUUUACGACCUUAGAAUAAGUUAUUCAUGACAAGUGUUUGAAGAUUGUUUUGUGAAACAUUCCAUCCCAAUAGCUGAAGAAAUCUCAGUGGCUCUUAACUUGGAUGCUUCUUUAUGUCAUGAAUAACAAAUAGGGAGGCAACCAAUGUCUUACUCCAACAAUAAAACUGUAAUGUUUCCAUACAGAACAUUCCAUUUUGUGCCAUGUUUGUAUUGUUAAAAGGCAGCUAUUUUACACUUAUACUAUGUAAUAAUGUAUUUAAGUUGUUAAGUGUUUUAAUUUAGAAACUAUUUCAUGUAUAAAAUAUUCACUUUCAGUUUUUAGCUCACCUGAGCAUAUGCUCAGGGUGAGCUAUUAGGAUCACUCUUUGUCCGUCGUCUGUUGUCCGUCGUACGUUGUCCGUUGUCCGUUCACACUUUUCAAACGACAUCUCCUCUGAAACCAUAAGGCAGAUCAUAAUGAAACUUCACAGGGAUGUUCCUUGUGUGAAGCCUUAACAAAGUUGUUCAAAGAAUUCCAUUCCAUGCAGAACUCUGGUUGCCAUGGCAACCAAAAGAAAAAACUUUAAACAUCUUCUUCUAGAUAACCCAAAGAGCUAGAGCUUAGAUAUUUGGCAUGAAACAUCUUCUAGUGAGUGUCUACCAAGAUUGUUCAAAUAAAAGCCCUGGGGUCAAAAUUGGCCCCGCCCCAGGGGGUCAUUGAUUUUCCCUAUAGGCAUAUAGUAAAAACUUAAAAAAAUCUUCUUUUAAAGAACCCAAAGAGCUAGACCUAAGAUAUUAAGCAUGAAACAUCUUCUAAUGAGUGUCUACCAAGAUUGUUCAAAUAAAAGCCCUGGGGUCAAAAUUGGCCCCGCCCCAGGGGGUCAUUGAUUUUCCCUAUAUGCAUAUAGUAAAAACUUAAAAAAAUCUUCUUUUAAAGAACCCAAAGAGCUAGACCUAAGAUAUUAAGCAUGAAACAUCUUCUAAUAAGUGUCUACCAAGAUUGUUCAAAUAAAAGCCCUGGGGUCAAAAUUGGCCCCGCCCCGGGGGGUCAUUGAUUUUCCUUAUAUGCAUAUAGUAAAAACUUUAAAAAAUCUACUUCUAAAAAACCCAAAGAGCUAGAGCUUAGAUAUUUGGCAUUAAACAUCUUCUAAUGGAUGUCUACCAAGUUUGUUCAAAUAAAAGCCCUGGGGUCAAAAUUGGCCCCGCCCCAGGGGGUCAUUGAUUUUCCCUAUAUGCAUAUAGUAAAAACUUAAAAAAAUCUUCUAUUAAAGAACCCAAAGAGCUAGACGUAAGAUAUUAAGCAUGAAACAUCUUCAAAUAAGUGUCUACCAAGAUUGUUCAAAUAAAAGCCCUGGGGUCAAAAUUGGCCCGCCCCAGGGGGUCAUUGAUUUUCCCUAUAUGCAUAUAGUAAAAACUUUAAAAAACUUCUUCUAAAAAACCC